AUGGCUGCUGAGAGAGCGUUGAGUGCACUGAGUCCAUGGCUCACAAAGGCGGCGCUGGCACCAGUGAUAGAGGAGCUGGCUGCACGCAAGGAGGAGGUGAAUGAGCUGCGGCACAUGCUAGCCGUUGCGGAGGAGAGGAACGAGGCAGCUGCUGCAGCGAUAAAGGAGAGGACGAGAGAGUUGGCAGCAAAGGCGGAGUUGGCUGAGGUGAAGGGGGAGUUGGCAAAAUACAAGGAGAAAUGGGCUGAGAGUAGUGGGGCAUCGGAUGUAAGCGGGCUGGGAGGGAAGAGCAGAAAGAGAACACAUGAUAUGAGAUCGGAGUUUGCUGGGGAAGAGGAGAGGACGGAGGUGCAGGAGUUGACAGCCUGUAAGGACAAGCACAGGAUACAAUAUCUGAAGCUGAAUGCUGAGCUGGAAAUCAGCCAGGCAAUCGAAUCGGCAACAAAGAAGAACAAUUCGGAUCUGAGGUUUGACCAUGGCCUAUCGGAUGCGGUGCUCCACCUUAUGUCCACCAGGACCGACUUGACAGGCGUUAACCUACCCUCUGCCUUAUCCUUCAGUGCAGAGGGCAUCAAGCACCUCUACAGACUACCACAGCUGGCAGAGCUUGACCUGGAUGGCACGGUCGUCUCAGACAGUGCCCUGGAAGGCAUUGGUUCCUUGACCAGUCUUGACAGCCUCUUUCUCCACCGGGCCAAGGGAGUGACAGAUGCUGGGAUGGUGCAUGUGGGGAAGCUGACCGGGCUUGAGGGGCUUCACCUGGUUGGCACGGCAGUCACGGAUGAUGGGCUGCAGCAGCUGACUGCCCUGACCAAGCUGAGAUCUCUCUGGCCGGCAGAAGGGGAUUUCCUUGUGGAUAUUGAAGUGCACUGGCGGAUAGGAAGGUGCAGGGAGUGGUGA